UCCAUUUACACGUCAGCUCCGUUCGCCGGCGCUUAUUACCACCGUCAAAACUCGCCGCCGUCCAGAGAAACAAAAAUGGCGUAUCACCAACCGUACGAUCCCUACUACGUCUAUCAUCCUCAUUCUCAUACCCAUCCUCUUCCGCCGCCGCUGCCACAGUUCUCCGACGAACCUGGGGCGAUUAACACGCUCUUUGUCUCUGGCUUGCCUGACGACGUCAAGGCUCGUGAGAUCCACAAUCUUUUCCGGCGUCGUCCCGGAUUCGAGUCUUGUCAGCUCAAGUACACUGGACGCGGCGACCAGGUUGUUGCAUUUGCAACAUUCUCGAGUCAUGGAUUCGCGAUGGCUGCAAUGAAUGAGCUAAAUGGUGUGAAAUUUGAUCCUCAAACAGGAUCAACUCUACAUAUUGAACUAGCUAGAUCAAACUCUAGAAGAAAAGAAAGGCCGGGAAGUGGGCCUUAUGUUGUAAUCGAUAACAGAAACCAGAAAUCGUCUAAGUCUCAGGACGACCAGAGUGAUGAAGAGGAAAUCGACCCUGAUGAGGCGCAAGAACCUGGAAAUAUCGAUUCUCCAAAGGAAAACGAUUAUGCCAAAAGUGAGGCGGACUCUGAUGCAGAUAGUAAAGCACCGCCUGGCAGUGGGCACUUGGAAAAAGUACCCGAAGGAGGUUCUGGUGCUCGACCAUGUUCUACCUUGUUUAUAGCUAAUCUAGGGCCUAAUUGUACAGAGGAUGAACUUAAACAACUCCUAUCUAGAUAUCCUGGAUUCAACAUCCUAAAAAUCCGAGCAAGAGGUGGAAUGCCUGUUGCAUUUGCUGAUUUUGAGGAAAUCGAACAAGCUACUGAUGUCAUGAAUGAUCUUCAAGGAAACCUUUUAUCGUCUUCAGACCGAGGCGGCAUGCAUAUAGAAUAUGCAAGAUCGAAGAUGAGGAAACAGUAGAUGAUUCUCAUAACUACUGAGCCUCAUUUUAGAAAUAGAGAAUAUGGUCGUUUAAUGUAUCACAGGCCAGUGGUAUUCUCUUCUCAAAACUGAUUUAGAGAUCAUAAGAAAAUGAGAGCUUUUAUUUUUUUAUCUAAAUCUCCGCUUACUAUUUGUUGUCAUGAAGAUGGAUCAUCUUCUAUGCUGACACUCAAAAAUAUAUGUAUAUAUAAUAUAUUGAAGAC